UUAUUAAGAAAGUUUUGAAGUUGUUAAAUAAAAUAAAAUAAUAAUCUAAUCAUUAAUUACACACAAUGAAUACCUUUGACCGAAGUAAUAAAGUAACUGGAGUGUACUGGUUGAAAUCACCCAUAGAAAAUAUUACUAUAAAGAUAAGACUAAAACCUCAUGAAGGUAUCAAAACAUUACCCAAAUUCGAGACUUAUAAAAAUGACUCAAACAACACCAUCCAGCAAGUAGAAAAUAAUAAAAUAGAAGAACAUGAAUUCAAAUGGCAAGAGAAGGCAUUCAGUUUGCAUGAAAUACAGCGGUACAGUGAUAUACACAACUGUAUUUCAGAAAAUGAAUUAUCCUACCAUGAUUUGUUAGAAGAAACGGAUUACCAACCUGACAAAAUAUUUACCUACAUUCAUCAUGACUACCAUUUACCAAUGCCAGUAAAUAAAAUAAAAAAACCAAGUUCUGAUAUUCUAAAUUUGAAUUCUUGUCUUGAAAAACUGAAUUUGAGUGAAAAAGUAUUUAGAGAAGAUACAAGCUCUAUGGCACAUUUGUUUAGAAGUGAGGAAAGUAUUGCCAGUGAGGAAAAAUGGACUUCCAUGCAUGUGAUGUAUGACAACUCAGAAUAUAAUGAAGACUCUCAACUGCUUCUAAAACAAGAGAUAACCCUCCUAUCUCUCUACCACAAUGUAUCACAGAACUACCUGAUCGUGUCACCCGACGUGAACAGCCUGGAUUUGAACCCGUACCAGCUGGAGCCAGGGUAUGAGUAUGCUGUUGAUGUGGAGCUUGAAAGGGCGGAUGGAGAGGAAUUACUAGUGCUGUUAAAAAAACUAACCAAGAAAUGGGAAAAACGCCACAAGCAGCUGUUGAAGUUUGUCAUGCCCCCACUCGGCAGGAGACACCACUAUGUCACCGUGGAGAUCCUUUCGGCGGCCGACUUUGAUUUUGACAACUUGUAUGUGGAAUUCCAUAUUAAGGUGCCCGAAGUGCUGCUAUGUUCAGACGCACUGCACGGAAGAACGCACGUUUCGAAGUCUAACACUAACGAUAGAGAAGAGAAAUAUUGGAGUUUUGGACAUUUGGUGGAACUCAAUUUGGAUGGGCCUUUGAAUACAGACACUCCACCUCUAAAAAUCUUCUUCGAAAUCAUCUCCACCGACUGGUGGGGCCGCCAACGCACCGAGGGCUACAGCUAUCUCCCUCUAACACUGCAGCCCGGCCAUUAUGACAGGCAUCUGUCCUGCUCCCGCCCCGAGGAGUUAAACCAUGUUGCCGCUGAGAGUAGGAGGUUUUUUGUAGGGGGGUGCCAUUUGAUUAGAGAUUUGGAGGUGCUGGCUAAACCCCAGUUACAGGACGCCAACUUCAAAUUCACCACCACCGGCACUCUCUCCGUCCGCUGGUCCAGCAUCACCCAGUCUCCCCUACCAGGGUUCAAAACUGCCCCCAGCCAAGUUUCCCACGCGUCGGCGUUAUUGAGAGGGGCCGAGGCGGUGUUGAGGCAGUAUAAAAGAGCGAGGGCUAGAUUAGCAGAAGCUACUAAAGAUUUAAGUGUUCAGGAGACUACUUUUGGGUCUGAUGAUGAUUAAACAACAUAGUUAUUAGUACCUAUAUGUAUUAUAAGGUGAAAUGUAAGACUGAGAUAAAAACAAUUGUGUAUUGUAAGACAUAAAGAGAGAGAUUUCAACCAAACUACAUUGCUAAGUAAUCGUCAAGAACUGCUAAAAACAUAAAUUUCUUGAAAAUACAAUAAAUUUUCUUUAGAUUUCUUGAAAAUACUGCUGUGUUUCAUCAAGAAAUGAUUGUAGCUACAAUCAUUAAUAGAGAAAAUUAUAUGGUCUCAUGAGGUAAGGUACUUAACUUCAUUUCUAACCACUUACUUGGAAUAUUCUGCUGAAUUCUCUCAAUUUAGAAUAUACCAGUCUUCUCUACCCUGGUAUAAAACAGCCCCUAACCAAGUUUCUUACGCGUCGGUUUGAAAAAACACUUAUUCAGUUUAAAACUGCCCCCAGCCAAGUUCCCCACGCGUCGGCGUUACUGAGAGGGACCGAGGCGGUGUUGAGGCAGUAUAAAAGAGCGAGGGCUAGGUUGGCUGAAGCUACUAAAGAUU